AUGCCAUCAGCGCAUCAGCAUCAGCAUCAGCGCAUCAGCAUCAGCAUCAGCGCAUCAGCAUCAGCAUCAGCGCACCAGCAUCAGCAUCAGCGCAUCAGCAUCAGCAUCAGCGCAUCAGCAUCAGCGCAUCAGCGCAUCAGCGCAUCAGCUUCAGCAUCAGCAUCAGCAUCAGCAUCAGCGCAUCAGCAUCAGCAUCAGCAUCAGCAUCAGCAUCAGCGCAUCAGCAUCAGCAUCAGCAUCAGCAUCAGCAUCAGCGCAUCAGCAUCAGCAUCAGCAUCAGCGCAUCAGCAUCAGCGCAUCAGCAUCAGCAUCAGCAUCAGCAUCAGCGCAUCAGCAUCAGCAUCAGCAUCAGCAUCAGCAUCAGCAUCAGCGCAUCAGCAUCAGCAUCAGCAUCAGCAUCAGCAUCAGCAUCAGCGCAUCAGCAUCAGCAUCAUCAUCAGCAUCAGCGCAUCAGCAUCAUCAUCAGCAUCAGCAUCAGCAUCAGCAUCAGCAUCAGCAUCAGCAUCAGCAUCAGCAUCAGCAUCAGCGCAUCAGCAUCAGCAUCAGCAUCAGCAUCAGCAUCAGCGCAUCAGCAUCAGCAUCAGCAUCCGCAUCAGCAUCAGCAUCAGCAUCAGCGCAUCAGCAUCAGCGCAUCAGCAUCAGCAUCAGCAUCAGCAUCAGCAUCAGCGCAUCAGCAUCAGCGCAUCAGCAUCAGCAUCAGCAUCAGCAUCAGCAUCAGCAUCAGCGCAUCAGCAUCAGCAUCAGCAUCAGCGCAUCAGCAUCAUCAUCAGCAUCAGCGCAUCAGCAUCAGCAUCAGCAUCAGCAUCAGCAUCAGCAUCAGCGCAUCAGCAUCAGCAUCAGCAUCAGCGCAUCAGCAUCAUCAUCAGCAUCAGCGCAUCAGCAUCAGCAUCAGCAUCAGCAUCAGCAUCAGCAUCAGCAUCAGCAUCAGCAUCAGCAUCAGCGCAUCAGCAUCAGCAUCAGCAUCAGCAUCAGCAUCAGCGCAUCAGCAUCAGCAUCAGCAUCAGCAUCAGCAUCAGCAUCAGCAUCAGCGCAUCAGCAUCAGCGCAUCAGCAUCAGCAUCAGCAUCAGCAUCAGCAUCAGCAUCAGCGCAUCAGCAUCAGCAUCAGCAUCAGCGCAUCAGCAUCAUCAUCAGCAUCAGCGCAUCAGCAUCAGCAUCAGCAUCAGCAUCAGCAUCAGCAUCAGCAUCAGCAUCAGCAUCAGCGCAUCAGCAUCAGCAUCAGCGCAUCAGCAUCAGCGCAUCAGCAUCAGCGCAUCAGCAUCAGCAUCAGCAUCAGCAUCAGCAUCAGCAUCAGCAUCAGCGCAUCAGCAUCAGCAUCAGCGCAUCAGCAUCAUCAUCAGCAUCAGCGCAUCAGCAUCAGCAUCAGCAUCAGCAUCAGCAUCAGCAUCAGCAUCAGCAUCAGCAUCAGCGCAUCAGCAUCAGCAUCAGCAUCAGCGCAUCAGCAUCAUCAUCAGCAUCAGCGCAUCAGCAUCAGCAUCAGCAUCAGCAUCAGCAUCAGCGCAUCAGCAUCAGCAUCAGCAUCAGCAUCAACAUCAGCGCAUCAGCAUCAGCGCAUCAGCAUCAGCAUCAGCAUCAGCAUCAGCAUCAGCAUCAGCAUCAGCAUCAGCGCAUCAGCAUCAGCAUCAGCAUCAGCGCAUCAGCAUCAUCAUCAGCAUCAGCGCAUCAGCAUCAGCAUCAGCAUCAGCAUCAGCAUCAGCAUCAGCAUCAGCAUCAGCAUCAGCGCAUCAGCAUCAGCAUCAGCAUCAGCAUCAGCAUCAGCGCAUCAGCAUCAGCGCAUCAGCAUCAGCAUCAGCAUCAGCAUCAGCAUCAGCGCAUCAGCAUCAGCAUCAGCAUCAGCAUCAGCAUCAGCAUCAUCAUCAGCAUCAGCGCAUCAGCAUCAGCAUCAGCAUCAGCAUCAGCAUCAGCGCAUCAGCAUCAGCAUCAGCAUCAUCAUCAGCAUCAGCGCAUCAGCAUCAGCAUCAGCAUCAGCAUCAGCAUCAGCAUCAGCAUCAGCAUCAGCAUCAGCAUCAGCAUCAGAGCAUCAGCAUCAGCAUCAGCAUCAUCAUCAGCAUCAGCGCAUCAGCAUCAGCAUCAGCAUCAGCAUCAGCAUCAGCAUCAGCAUCAGCAUCAGCAUCAGCAUCAGAGCAUCAGCAUCAGCAUCAGCAUCAGCAUCAGCAUCAGCAUCAGCAUCAGCAUCAGCAUCAGCGCAUCAGCGCAUCAGCAUCAGCAUCAGCAUCAGCAUCAGCAUCAGCAUCAGCAUCAGCAUCAGCAUCAGCGCAUCAGCAUCAGCAUCAUCAUCAGCAUCAGCGCAUCAGCAUCAUCAUCAGCAUCAGCAUCAGCAUCAGCAUCAGCAUCAGCAUCAGCAUCAGCAUCAGCAUCAGCGCAUCAGCAUCAGCAUCAGCAUCAGCAUCAGCAUCAGCAUCAGCAUCAGCACGCUCAGCUGCGUCGCUAGCAGUCACGCUCAAAUCCUCUCUCCUUCCCCCUCCUUCCCUCUUCUCAUCCCCACCCCCUCCCCCCCUCCCCCACACCAGGACCUGUACAUUCUGCUCUUCACAGCCUGCCGCGACCCGGGCAUCGUGCCGCGCAACCCCACUGCCGUCCACUCCUUAUCCCGCCUUCUGGCGCAUUUCAAGUCCUCUCCCCUCCCCACUUCCCUCCCUCUUUCCCCCUCCCCCCUCCCCCUCACCAGGACCUGUACAUUCUGCUCUUCACGGCGUGCCUCGACCCGGGCAUCGUGCCGCGCAACCCGACUGCCGUCCAUUGUGGCGCAGGCCAACGCCACCGGCACCAUCACCGGUCCAUUGCCCGGCCUUAUCCCGCCUUCUGGCGCACUUCAAGACCUGUACAUUCUGCUCUUCACGGCGUGUCGCGAUCCAGGCAUCGUGCCGCGCAACCCCACAGCCCCCGCGGGGAAGGUGCCGCGCAGCCGUGAGGUGGUGGUGAACGGCGUGGCGGUGAAGGUCAAGUGGUGCGACUCCUGCCUGCUCUACCGCCCGCCGCGCUGCUCGCACUGCAGCAUCUGCGACAACUGUAUUGAUCGAUUCGACCACCACUGCCCCUGGGUGGGCCAGUGCAUCGGCCGGCGCAACUACCGCUUCUUCUUCACCUUCAUCCUAUCCACAACAGCGCUUUGCAUCUAUGUGUUUGCCUUCUCGGCCUACCUCAUCAACCAGCUCAUGUUCAACGCACACGACCCCGCAGCCGGCACGCGCACGGUGUGGCAGGCCAUGGGGCAGGCGCCCGUGGCCGUGGUGCUCAUGGGGUUCACCUUCCUCGCCGUCUGGUUCGUGGGGGGCCUGUCCGGCUUUCACAUCUACCUCAUGUGCCGCAACCAGACGACGUACGAGAACUUCCGGUGGCGCUACGACAAGAAGCCCAACCCGUACAGCCGCGGCUGCUUCAACAACGUAGGUGAAGCCCUCUGCUCCGAAAUCCCCCCUUCCCGAACCAACUUCCGUGCCAAGGCUGCCGAAGCUGAGUUCGCCAUCUCCGAGCCGCGCCUCACGGAGCCCGACCCUCCGCCUGGCUCGUUAUCAGCCUCGGUGGACCCCAAGCGCACCCGAAGCUUGCUGCCAGGCUCGGGAGGAUCGAAAGGUUCCCGAGGGUCGAAGGGGUCGUCGUUUGGGGGGUGCUCGCCAGGGUCGGAAGACGUGUGCUCGAGUGGAGCAAUCAGGAGUGCGCUGGGCUCCAAGGGAAAGUCUGACCAUAAGGCAGCAAGAACCAGAAGCUUGCCCAGUGAGAUGGAUGCAGAGGCAGUGUUGGGCCAGCAUCUGGCGGCGGUGUUUGACGCGGCGCUCGAGCAGCCGGUCGACCUCCUCGGCGGAGCAGCACAGGAAGUGGUCGAUCACGUCGCUGAUGCUCACGCGGUUCGCGGGCCGGCACAGCUGCAGGCCCUCGCGCAGCGCGUGCAGCGCCUCGAACACCAUUUUCCUUUCUUUUCUCUCGGUCCUGCCUGCCAUUCCGCCUCCUUCCGCGCAGCCCAUUCAUUCCGCCCCGUCACGCCCGCUUCCGCUUCCGCCAGCCUCACCGGCGGCGAUAGAGAUCCCUCCGCGGACGACGUUCAAGUGCCCAUCUCCCAGGACCCCAAAAAAUCCGCCUCCAUCCCCGUUACAAGCCCAUCCGCCAUCUCCUCAUUCCGCUCACUCUUCAAUCUCGAAAAUAACUACGCGUUCUACGGUUCUUACCACGACGACCCGGUAAACAAGGCCAUACACAUGGUCUUCGUGUGGCCCAUCCUCUUCUCCGCGCUCGUCCUCCUCCAAUACACGCCGCCUUUGAUCUCCCUCAGCCACCCAGUCCUCGCCGCCUUAGCUAAGCUCGUUCCGCAGGUGCCCGUUCCGCUUCCCCUCGCGCUUCCGGGCAGCGGGCUGGUGUUUAACUGCGCGGCGCUGGCGUCCGUGGUGUACGCGGCGUUUUACAUCGCCAUGGAGCGGCGCGCGGGGUCGCUCGCGGCGCUGAUGGUGGGAGGGUGUUUCGUGGGGUCGCGCGCCUUCAUCAGAGCCGUUGGCGCCGGGCGCGCGUGGAAGCUGGCGGUCAUCGCCCAGGUGGUGUCGUGGGGCGUGCAGUUUGUGGGCCAUGGCGUCUUCGAGAGGAGAGCGCCUGCACUAGUGGACAAUCUGGCACAGGCAUUGCUCAUGGCGCCACUCUUCGUACUCCUUGAGGCUCUGGAACGGUUCGGGUUUGAGCCGUACCCUGGAUUCCGCCAGCGCGUAAGGGCCAUGGUAGCUUACCAAAUUGCGGAGCAUCAACGGACUGCGGAAGCUAUUGAGAAGAUUCUUACACAUAACACGAAAGGCAUCAAGUUCCAGAUUCUGUCGAAUCCCGAAUUUCUAGCGGAAGGCACUGCCAUAGCAGACCUCGACAAGCCCGAUCGUGUUCUUAUCGGUGGUCGCACUUCUGAGGAAGGCCAGGCUGCAGCAGCUGCUCUUGCUGCAGUCUAUGCUCACUGGGUGCCUCAAGAAAACAUCAUUGUGACCAACCUCUGGUCCGCUGAGCUGACCAAGCUGGCAGCGAAUGCGUUUCUUGCUCAGCGCAUUUCAUCAAUCAACGCCAUCUCUGCCCUGUGCGAGGCCACGGGGGCCAACGUCUCAGAAGUAGCAUACGCCAUUGGAAAAGAUACCCGCAUUGGCUCCAGAUUUUUGCAAGCCUCAGUUGGUUUUGGUGGCUCCUGCUUCCAGAAGGACAUUCUGAAUCUUGUCUACAUCUGUGAGUGCAAUGGAUUGAUGGAGGCUGCUCAUUAUUGGAAAUCGGUGAUUGAUAUCAACGAGUACCAAAAGUCAAGGUUCAUCAGCAGAAUCGUGUCAUCCAUGUUCAACACCGUCGUCAACAAGAAGAUUGCCAUUCUCGGGUUUGCCUUCAAGAAGGACACAGGAGACACCAGGGAGAGCCCUGCCAUCGAUGUAUGCCAUGGGCUUCUCAGGGAUCAGGCUGACGUCAGCAUCUACGACCCACAAGUGACUGAGGAACAGAUCAGGCGUGACCUGUCCAUGAACAAGUUUGACUGGGACCAUCCAUACCACCUGCAGCCAGUCAGCCCAAGAGUCCACCAGAAGGUUUCGGUGUCGUGGGAUGCAUAUGGAGCGUGCAAGGGUGCUCAUGGAAUCUGCAUUCUCACAGAGUGGGACGAGUUCAAGACUCUGGACUAUCAGAAAAUCUACGAGCACAUGGAGAAGCCAGCCUUUGUGUUUGAUGGCCGCAACAUUGUGGAUGUGGCAAAGCUGAGGGAGAUUGGCUUCAUCGUGUUUGCUAUUGGACACGCACUAGACCCCUGGGUGAAGGAUCUUCCUUCCAUGCACUAG